AUGCUUCAUUUAAAUACAAAUGAUUCUAAAAUCAUAGAUCAUUGUCUAUUCGGUUUCUGUUUGUAUUCAAAAGAAUACUUUCUCAAUCAAUAUUACACAAUUCGUUCAAAUGCUUUCACUCUUCCAUUCAUCGGAGCAAUUUAUUAUGAUCUGCCAUCGUUGCAGUAUGUAUAUAUGUCCAUACUUAUCGUUCUAAUUCUCAUUGGUUUACUAAACAACAUUGUUUCUCUAAUGACAUUUCUUCAAGAUCGAAUUCGUUACACUAUCAGCGGAACUUAUCUUAUUAUGUAUUCAAUAUGUAGUCUCAUCUUGAUGCUCGUGCUUUUUACUAAUAUUGCCGUUGUUGUGUAUUACGAUGAGUAUUUCCUACGAUUAUGGGCAUGUCAUGGCUACCCGUAUUUAUCAUUAACAAUGGUUUAUACAGGUAUAUUGAUUAGUACUGCUAUUGCAAUCGAAAAUGUACUGGUGGAAAGCUUCAAAUCUGAAAAAUAUCGUUCACGAAAAAGUGCGAUUUGCAGUAUGAUUGGCUUUCUUUUCGUCGCUUCUAUAUCCAAUCUCGAUAAAAUCUUUGCACGGUAUCUAAUUGCUGAUCGAUCAGGUGAAUUGUAUUGUGUACAUGAACGACAGUUGUUUAAAUCUUGGUCGACACUGUUAUUUUGCGUUUAUAUACUUCUACCUUGUUUAGUCCAUGUUAUAUGCAUUUUAUACGUGCUUUCCAUCAAAGUCAAGCUAAAUUGGAUACAUAAAAUUGUUCGGUAUCAGCAUCAUCUUGUUCCAUCACUUGUAAUGGUUUUAUGCUUGUGUCUCAACGGGUUUUAUCGAUAUUCAUCGAAUUUCUCUUUACAGACUUCAUCGAAUUAUCUCAUUCGUUUCCAUUUUGCUUUUCUUCUAUUUAUUUACAUUCCACAAAUGUUGACAUUUAUGACUUAUGUAACAACCAAUGAUUUUUAUAUCAAAGAAUUCUAUCAAAUAUGGUUCUAUCGACGAUUAUGCUGUUGUUUUUAUAAUCGAAAACGUCACGUGCAAGAGUUUGAAGUCAUACACAAAUUAUGGCAGCGCCGAACGUCGUUAGAAACAAUAAAAACCAUAUCAAACCUUGAUGACACAUGUAAUGAAAGUGAAUUUUAUCGGAAAUAA